GACAGCCCAAUUUUUAUGCCGUUGUGGCACAGUCAAAUUCUCUCGGUUCUGUAGCCGCUAAAUUCACCCUUAUGGAACUUUCCCUCCAGGGUUUUUCUUUCCAUUUUUCUACCCGUUUCUCAAGGGGAGGGGAGGGGUUUUAAAAUUCAGCAUGCGGUUGUUAAUCGGGAAAUUCUGUCGUGAUCAAUAAUAUCCAUUCUUGCCCACUUGUAGAGAGAAAAGAGAGAAAAGAGGAAAAGAGGGGAAGAGGAAAAGAGGAAAAGAGGAAAAGAAGAGGAACAUCCUAAUGUUAGCAAAAAGAGGAUCGAAACAAUUCCAACAGCAGAGAAAGGGUUUGAGUAGCCUUCAACCUCAUUCAUUCAGUCAUCCAUACAUCCAUACAUCCAUACAUCCAUUCCAUACACACACACAUACACACAUACACACACACACACACAUACAUACAUACAUACAUGCCCAUCCAUCCAUUCGUCUAUCCAUUCGUCUAUCCAUCCCUCCAUUCAUUCAAUGUUCGAAUGCAUCAUCUCUUCACAUCGAACUGAAGUUAUAGCUUCAAAAUAAUUACAAUCCCUCUUCGCCUAAGGGUUAUCAUCUAAAUCAAUCAUUCAUUUGGCUGCCACACACUUCGCUUCGUACUGUUGAUUCUGACUAUACGCCGCCUCAGAAACCACCGUUGUUCCUAUCGUCUCUCUUUUAUUCCAUUUGACAUAUCCAAACCCUAUUGAAACAGAUUCUAGGAACAAUCAAGAACAGUAUAUCACUCCUCAUCGAUACUCACUCAUUACAUCCACCAACCACCCACAUUCACUCUUCGCUUCAAAGAUCUCCCAUACAUAACUUAUACUACCUCUCCACCGAAACCUCUACCCAACCGACUGCCCACCAAUAUGUUAAGAUCCUAGCAGUUUUAUCUCAAAACGAACAACACCCACAAAGACACACUGCCGAAAUACUUCCCUGUCGGUUUUACAUUGGGCAUCGGCAAAGGGAGUGACUCUUCAACACCUUUGUGCUAAUGGACAUGCGGAAUUUCUGAAUAAUACAUAAACAUUCGAUGUCACCCAGGUCAAGGAAGGCCCAAAAACUUAUGCUGUCUGAUUCACCAACCCACACACAGUCGCCUUUACGAGACGCCGAAUAUUAUCAAUCAAGCGCCAAUGAUGACGAUCUACCCGAUUCUGAAUCUGAUACCCCAGGAGAAUAUGAAGAACUCGAUACAAUAGGACUUACAGACUUUCUGAAUUUCGACCCUAAACCCACCCUGAUAUUUGAUCUCUUGCGCCACAAUGCCAUCGGAGACAAUUUGGAUCCGGUAUACAUGAACAAAACUUUCCAAUCCAAUGUUCUUCUCACGAGUACCAUAUCUCCAAGCUCUGAAGGACAGACUUCUCCAGUACUUCAUUCUGGAGGACCUGCCUCUACAACCUUCAGAUCUCUAAUCAAGGACUUCGUCCAGAAGCAAACCAGUGAAGAUUACCCAGGCCAAUCAUUUUCAUACAAUGGAUUCCUCUGGUCUGGAUUCACAAUCCGGAAGAGAUGGGUUUUAAUUUGUGGUAACAAAAUCGAUGUUGAGUUGAGAGAUCUUAUAUUUAGUAAUUAUCCUCACAGCCAAAGGGGGACUUUAAGCACCACCUUCUCCGACAAGACAAUUGCAGCCUUGAAAGAUGUCCAAGUGUCAAAUUUAAACAGUCCGGCAAGUGGCGCACAAAAUCAGAACGAAGAUGUCAUUAUGAGUGAAAUGGUCGGGGCACCAUCUUCAGAUUGGCUCACCGAGUCUCCAGUUGCAGACUGGACAGUCGAGCGACCCGAAGGGUAUCUCUCUGAUCACAUCGUCUUCACUCGAAGUGUGGACUGGUCUUCGACACCUUUAGGACCUAUGAAUAGCUGGUCGCCCGAAUUCCGCCAGAUCGUGAACAUGGUGAUAGCAAACCCCCACCCCGCUGCUAUUUUCUGGGGCGAAGAGUUGACCGUAUUGUACAAUCAAACUUACGCGGAGAAUGUGGCUGGCCAGAAGCAUCCGCGUUUAAUGGGGACAGGCGCUCGAGGUCCUUUCGCAGAGAUUUGGGAAGAGGUUGGCGAAAUCUUCAAUGAAUGCAGACGGACAGGGAGAGGAAUCGCCAUGACGGAUCAAAUGUUACCCCUAGAGCGUCAAGGAUUUGUCGAGGAAACUUUUUACUCCUGGAGUUUGACACCCAUCUGGAAAUCCGGCCCUAGCCCUGAGCUCCUAGGCGUUUACAACGCACCUUUCGAGACGACGCAAAAGGUAGUGAGCAAUCGAAGGAUGAGAACGCUUUUGAAAGUCGGCGAGGAAACAGCUCUUGCUCAAUCUGUGCCGGAUUUUUGGCAGUUAAUGCUUGGCGGUCUUGCCGAGAACGAAUACGACUUCCCAUUUGUUUUGCUCUACUCGGUCCUUGAUGACAUUGAGAAUGAUGCAACAUCAUCGAGAGGUUCGAUUUCUUCUGAUAGUUCUACGAGUAUCAAGUCUGUUAUUUUAGAAGGCUCUUUGGGUGUUCCAAAAGGGCAUGUAAGCGCUCAAAGCAGACUCGACCUAAAAAGACAUCUGGGAGGAUAUGUGCCAGCCUUGAGAGAGGCCAUGAAAACACGCCAACCAACAUUGUUGUCACUUUCGGAUAGCAUGCUUCCAGUCGGCCUGACACGAGGAUAUAAUUGGAGAGGGUUUGGUGAGCCGUCACGAGAGGCUGUGGUAUUGCCAUUGAGACCAACUAAUGCUGAAAAUACUUUGGGCUUUCUAGUUAUUGGUGUGAAUCCCAGGAGACCGUAUGAUGCCGAUUACGACUCUUUCGUCAAAAUCUUGAACAGACAAUUGGCAAAUUCCCUAGCCUCAGUCACACUUUUCCAGGACGAAAUCCGACGUGGUACCGAUGCUGCAGAAAUCGCCGCUGCUGAGCGCAUGAAACUCUCUGAAGAGUUAGCUUUUCAGAAAGGAAGAUUGCAACGUAUCGCCGAAGUCUCGCCUGUUGCUUUAUUUUCAGUUGACAGUGAUGGUACAUUGCUCGAAGCCAACGAUCGUUAUUACGAGAUUACGAACUUGCCUCGCGAUACGGCUUCUAAAAUGUCUUGGAUGAAUACAAUUGCUCCGUCUAGCAUUCCGACUAUGAUGAAGGGUUGGGAGAAACUCACGAUUCGUAAUAAGCCGUGGUCUGGUGAGCUCCAGCUCGUCAAGCCAUGGUAUGAUCCUGUCACUGGCGAUAAGUUUGAUAAUUGGAUUCUGGCGAGUUAUCAGCAUGAAUUCUCUUCGGAUGGAAGCAUCAAGAGCAUUAUGGGAUACUGCACCGAUAUCACGUUCCAAAAAAGAUUCGCUAAAGAAAUGGAAGAUCGUGCAGAGCUCUCCGAACAACUUUUACUUCGCACAAAUCAGGCUAACGAAAUCGAGCGGAACUUCAGAAGAUUCAGUGACCUUGCUCCUGGUGGCCUAGCUAUUCUCGAUCCAGAAGGCAGACUGACCUACGCGAAUGAGCAAUGGUUUCAUAUUUCUGGUCUCGCAAAAAACGAAACCUUUUCGCAAAUUCCCUUCUCAUGGAUGAAUGCAAUACAUGAGAUGGACCGACCGAAAUUUAGAUCGCAAUGGUUAGCGUUGGUAGAGAGAGCCACUCCAUUCGUGACAGAAACACGUAUGGAGCAACCAUGGAUAGGGGACAUAGCCGGGAGUACAUUGACUAUACAGCGCUGGGUUUUGGCUACAUUCUCUGGAGAGAAAGACGAGAACGGGAAGUUAAAGAGUGUGAUGGGCUGCUCAACAGACAUUUCCAGGAUUAAAUGGGCCGAAGAGAUUCAAGACAGAAGGCUGAAAGAUUACGAAGAAACAAGACGCCAGCAAAAUUCAUUUAUUGACAUAACAAGUCAUGAAAUGCGCAAUCCACUCAGCGCUAUCGUUCAAUGUGCAGAUGGUAUCUCAUCAUCUUUGAAACAAUACAGAGCAGCAAAUAAGGACCUAGAGGAGCGCGAUUGUCAACUCGCGAAUAUUUUGAAAGACGGUAUAGAUGCCGCCGAAACAAUUCAACUUUGUGCUCAACAUCAAAAAUCAAUUGUUGAUGACGUUUUGAUGAUUUCCAAAUUAGAUUCAAAUCUGCUUACAAUUACACCUGUCUCUACUAAACCUGUAGAGGUGGUAAAGCUAGGACUGAGGAUGUUUGCCGGAGAAUGUCAAAUGAAUAAUAUAUCUCUCAACUUAGACAUCAAAAAGUCUCUUCAAGAGUUGAAAGUUGACAGUGUCAUGCUUGACUCGAGUAGAUUGACUCAAGUAUUGAUUAAUCUCAUGACAAAUGCUAUCAAAUUCACCAAGGACGAGAAGACGCGAGAAAUCCAUGUUUCCUUAAGUGCCUCCUUGGAACCGCCUUUAUUAGAGUCACUGGCCAAUUUCGAAUACUUCCCAUCUCCUACCAGGUUUUCGAAAGCUAAUAUUACUGAAAGCGAGGAAUGGGGGAGAGGUCAAACCAUAUAUCUUCGAUUCGAGAUAAAAGAUACUGGUUGUGGAUUAACACCUGCCGAGAAGAGGAAUUUGUUUACACGUUUCUCUCAAGCAUCGCCGCGAACUCAUGUGCAUUAUGGAGGAUCUGGUCUUGGACUAUUUAUCUCACGUCAACUUACCGAAUUGCAAGGUGGAGAAAUCGGCGUGGCAUCAGAGUUUGGGGUUGGGAGUACUUUCGCUUUCUACAUUAAAUGCCGCCGUGCACUAGUAAGGGCCAAAACUCUGGAUGUUGAAUCGCAGAUGAAUUCCGAUCUAGAAGCCAAUGGGCGACUUGCGACAAACGUUCCGAAAAGUAUCAAGGACCACGAGGAAAACAUGUUGAAUAAGCUCCUGGAUCUGAAGGAGAAGGGAAGAUUACCUACCAAUCGCAACUCAUUUGGAUUCGAGGAGGAGGAAGGUCAGAAGUUGAAAACGAAUAAGGCUCCGGAUUUUCUCAGGCCUGGUUCAUGGAGUGUAUUGAUUGUGGAGGACAAUCUAGUUAAUCAGAAGGUCUUGGCUGCACAAAUGAAGCGGUUGGGAUGUACAGUUCACGUAGCAAAUCACGGAAAAGAAGCCAUUGAGUUUAUGAGUAAGACGAAUUGGAUGAGUGAGGAGGUGCACCAUUUGAAUGCUGUUGUGUCAAAGAAGAAUACCAGCGUUCCAAACCAAACCCAAGAACCUUCAAAACUACAUCAAGAAUCACGAUUACAAAAAUCUCCCAUUCCUCUCACCCUCAUUCUCCUCGACAUAGAAAUGCCCGUAAUGGACGGUCUCACUUGCGCCCGGGAGAUACGCAAAAUGGAAAAUAAUGGUCAACUGAAAGGACAUGUGCCUGUGGUGGCAGUGACUGCCAAUGCGAGAGCAGAGCAGAUUCAACAAGCGCUGGAAGCUGGCAUGGAUGAGGUUAUGACGAAACCUUUUAGGAUUACGGAGUUGGUACCGGUUAUUGAGGGGGUUCUUGUUAGGUUUGGGGCUGAGAAAGGGGGGCCGAAGGAGGAGAAAGGAAAGGGAAAAGACUACGACUAGGAGGGAUUGAACUGAAACAGAAAGAAAUCUCAAAAGGAGACACUCAUCUUAUGAGAUAAGAAGGAGACGCAUUAUGGAAACGAACAAAAGAAUAAACGGGUAAAGAGACCGAGAAAUCAGAGGAUGAAGAAACCGAGCAAUAUAACGCAAGGAAACGAAACGCGACGUACAAUAAACGCAUGAUACGCCACUUUUAUGAGCAUAUAUGGGAGAGGGGGAAUCUUUUUAGCUUUACUUUGCAUUGCGUGGUGCACAGCGAUCGAAGGACUUGGUUUAUAAUAAAUACCCUUUUGCAUAUCGCGUUGGACGAUGGAAAGGAAAGGGAAUGUAUGAGCAUAUAUGAAUGAUUAUAUGAGAAUCAAGACAGGACAUGAAGGUCAGAAUCAGAGUAAAUACGAUGGUGAGGAAGAGAAAGAUGUAGAAGAGGUUAUUUGAGAUACUCGCCACUUGCUUAGUCUUUUCGAAUCCUACAUACAUACUUAAUUAAGAAUUAAACACUAGAAAUGGGGGUUCUUUUUGAAGAGAGAUGAAUGUGAAUGUUUUUCCAGGUAUCUUAAGAGACGAAUUUGUGUUCUUUUCAGUUGAAAUAAUCAUUGUUCA